AUGCCGUCUGCUGUGGAACUUGAAUCGCUGGCCGUUGAGGUCCCUGAGACCCAGGUCAAGCUGAACUCGAUCUCUUCCACCCCUCCUCUUCCUGUUACUGUUCCUUCAGUUUCUCUCACCACUGGCGUGGAUGCAGCCGCUCUUCAGACAGCGUCCAAGAUUCUUCACAUCAUAGACCGGUAUCAUCUGAAACGGUCGGUAGACACCGCUGCCAAAGCUGAUGAGGGAGCCUUGAAGUUUCUCGCCCUCAUUUACACUCAUGUCAAAGCCGGCGAUGUCGUACCCAUGUGCCUGCCCGCCUUUCCCUUCAAGUCGCCAAACUCUCAGUCCAAAGUGUUGGGCAAGCUGCCUGAUCGAGCAGAGGAGCUAGCUCUGGCACAUCUCAACGGCCUUUGUCUAGCUAUUCAAGACAUCUACCCUCCAGGGGCAAACCUCACCAUCAUCUCAGAUGGCCUGGUAUACAAUGAUCUGCUCGGCGUCCCAGACAAAGAUGUGUGGAACUACGGCGAAACACUGAGAGCUCUAGCCGCAGCAAAGGGGUACAAACAUAUUUCGUUCUCACGUCUUCGAGACCUUGUAACAAUUCAGUUGCCUGAGCAGCUUGACGAAAUGACAUAUGUCGCAAACGCAUCGAACUUUCGACGAGCACUACUCAAUACUUUCAGCCGACCUGACUGGGAAUGGAAGACCGUUAGCCAGAGUGACGAUGUCUGCUUGACGUAUAGAGGAUACAUCAAGUUCUUGGAGACGGAUCUUGAGACUGUGUAUCCAAUUGGGGAUGAGCGCAGCAAGACCAAGUAUAAGCGAGGCAUCGAAUACAUUGCCAAGCAGAUGAUGGCCCGUGGCGAUGCAUUUGCAAGCGCAGUUCGACAAAAAUACAAAGACUCGGUCCGACUGUCGAUACAUCCAUCUACUGGGGCAACCAAGCUGUCCAUCAGCUUAUUACCCACUGACACCACGUACACUACACCUUGGCAUUGCGCGGUCGCAUAUAGACUAGACGGCACCACGACUACCGGCAUGCGGUCCGAUUUCGAGAAUGACGAGUCAUUCGAACUCGUCUACGAAAACGGCCGGCCCAGCUAUUACCGCGAGAAGUCAGAUCUAUUUUCGUGGGGCGCCGAGAAGGGUGGCGUUGUCUUUGAGCCGCUGUACCCAUCUGGAUUCCUCGCCAAGCCUGCAAGGGGUCCAUAUAGCAUGACAAUGGACGACGUGGAUGCCAAGAAGGUUCGCCUAUUAUCGGAGAUCAACUCUCCUGUAAUCCUUCGUGGUUUCAUUAAGAAGCCGAACAAGGAACAAUUCGCCAAGAAGUCAGAAGAGUUUGGCAAACCCACAGCUUGGAAGUUUGGCCUCAUCCUGGAAGUCAAGGAUCAAGGAACGAACAGCUCGGGUCUUAAUAAUGUGCUCUCUCGCGAGUGGAUGCCUUGGCACUAUGAUGGUUUGUUCAAAACCGUCAAGCAAGUGGAUGAGAACGGUGAGGAGACUCUUGUCUCAACACCACCUCGAUUCCAGAUCUUUGUUGGAGCUACUUCGAGCCCCCGUGAUACGGGAUUUACGCUCUUUGCGUCGUCUACACUUUUCCUCAAGUAUCUUCCAGACUGGCUGAGGCUCGGAGCACUGUCGGAGAUGACUUGGACGGUUUCAACAGCCUCCUUUAACGCAACCGUGCUCAAAGGUCUUCCAAUGAUCGUGUCCCACCCAACGACAGGAAAGCCGUGUCUCAGGUAUCACGAGCCGUGGCCUCAAUCUAAGACCCAGUUCGAGCCCACAAACGUCACCAUUGACGGGCUAAAAGCUGCUGACAGUUCGGCGAUCUGCGAGGCCAUCGACUCAGUCCUUCACGACAGAAGAGUGGCCUACUAUCAUGUCUGGGACAAGGGAGACAUUGUGGUGAGCGACAAUAUCCUGAUGAUGCACACGCGGAGUGACUUUAACUCCGGAAGUGAUCGGGAGCUCUGGCGGAUCCAUUUUGACUAA